AUACGGCCUAUCCCCAGCGAUGCCCGCCGAGUCACUGGGUGGCUCGGAACGGAACUGUCAACGCUAGUGGUUGCGACCACCGAGCAGUGAACACGUCCAUCCACUCAUGCUGCCAUGCAAUUCUGGGGCCUCCAUGUUUUUGCCUAUUUCUACCGUCACAUUCGCCCUCUUUUGCGUAUCCAACUUGCUCGUCACUUUCCUGCGUCUCCUUCCUCUAUCGCUCUGUUCUUCUGGUCGGUCGCGCUGUUCUUCGGGCCGGUCGCCCUCUUUUUCUGGCCGGUCUCUUCCCCUCUUACGGCGGCGUUUGAGUUUCCACGCCUUCUAAAUUUAAUAUCCCCCGUUCCGUUUCUCUUCGAUACUAUCCCUAGCAACCUUGAAUUGCGCGGAGCAGACCUGCGAAAGAUCGUCCAAUCAUUGACCUACCGUACACGACUGCCAGUCAGCACCUUGAGCCAAGGAGAAGUGGGCAACGCAACCUAUCGUCUCCUCUUCCUUAGACUUCGUUUUUCCCGACUGCCACAAGCACGUGCGUCCAACGACUGGCGAUCCCCGACGCACACCACUGGACCGCGCCCGGGAGAAUUCCCUGAGUGUGAUAUACGGCCCGCAAUAAUGACGACACAGCAUCGAACUCCCAGUCGCUGGUGAGAUGGACUGCAAUCACCAACCUCCUAACGCUUCGAUGGCGUACACCUAGGUUCGGUGAUGAUCGUGCAACCCCGUAUACCCAUAGCAUCAGUUUUUAUGUUUCUUGGAGUACUGGAGUUCUUUUGGGUUUCACUUUACCUGGGCUGGGUCCCUAAUUUCACCAUGGGGUUUCUGUUUCUUCCUUAGUGAUGGCGACUUCUCGACUGUCUUUUCUUUGGUGAUGGUGGUUCUUUGACUGUCGUUUCCUCAGUGAUGGCGAUUAAUUUACUGUCUU